CAAUCAGAGAGGAUGGCAUGCCAGGAGGCAGGAACAAAAGCAUCGGACCUGUCCAGAUAUCAGAGGAAGAGAUUGAAAGAAUUAUGUCUGGGCAAGAAUUUGAGGGAGAGGCAAACAUGUCAUGGAGCAACAACGGAGACAGUGACCAUAGUUCCCCUGGAAAUGGAGUUUCUGAGAGCAACCAGCCUUCACCCGUUUCUACUCCAUCUUCAAGGUCCGUGGAGCUGAAUGGAUUCACGGCACUCAGGGAUCAGUACAUAGGGACACCGGUGUCCACGCACUAUCAGUACCUCCCGCACCUUUUUAGCUACUCGGCUCACUCGGCUCUGAUGCCCCCGCAAACGCGCAGCCUGGACCCCCAGUCGCACAGUCUCAUCAAUCAGUUGGUGUCAGCAGAGGACCUGGAGCCGCUGGGCACGCCGAUGCUCAUUGAGGGCGGGUAUAAAGUGACUCAGGCAGAGCUGUUUGCGUUGUUGUGUCGUCUGGCGGAUGAAUUGCUUUUCAGGCAGAUUGCUUGGAUCAAGAAGCUGCCAUUCUUCUGUGAACUCUCCAUCAAGGACUAUACCUGCCUGCUCGGCUCUACGUGGCAGGAGCUGAUCCUGCUCUCCUCGCUGACUGUUUACAGCAAGCAGAUCUUUGGUGACCUUGCGGACGUCACCUCCAAGUACUCUCCCUCUGAUGACGAGCUGCACAGAUUCAGUGAGGAGGGGAUGGAGGUGAUGGAGCGGUUGAUCUACCUCUUUCGCAAAUUUAACCAGUUGAAGGUCAGCAACGAGGAGUACGCGUGUAUGAAAGCCAUCAACUUCCUAAAUCAAGACAUCAGGGGUCUGACCAACGCGUCCCAGCUGGAGCAGCUGAAUAAGCGGUACUGGUACGUUUGCCAGGACUUCACGGAGUACAAAUACCCACACCAGCCCAACAGGUUUCCGGAUUUAAUGAUGUGUUUGCCCGAGAUACGAUACAUUGCAGGAAAAAUGGUGAAUGUGCCCCUGGAGCAGCUGCCUCUCCUUUUUAAGGCCGUUCUACAUUCCUGCAAGACGAGCGUGAGCAAAGAGUGAGCCCGGCUGGCCCGGCCGGUGCCUUACGCUGUGCCUCAGGCAGGGAGCUGGCUCACCCCGGAGAGGGGCAAAGGAUCCAGGCAGGAGACGGGGCGGUGGGCGUCCCUGCCCUUGUAGCAAGAAUCUUUUGUUGUUUGUCUUGUUUUGUUUUGUUUUUUGUUUUUUUAACUCUUUUUCCUAUAUAUUUAUUUCACGACAGAGUUGAAUGUAUGAUCCUCAACACAAUGCACAUGGUUCUGUCUGAAUGCAGCAGAUGCAUUCUCCAGUGGUUUACAGAAUGUGAAGAUGUUUAAUGUUACAGUGUUUGGUAGGGUUAGUUCUUUUCUAUUUUGGGGGGCUGGGGAACCGAGAUGACUUAAGACUACCUCAAGGAGAAGAUGCUGUUUGUGCACUGCUCUUUCCAUGAUUUGUAUCCAAAAGUGUUUGUUGUAGAGAGCAAACGGCCUCACUGCGUCGACGGAGCUGUUGAUAUCCCAA